GAGCGCGGGCGCGUCAAUAUACACACAGAGAGCAGAGCAGCACUUUGGGUAUAGUAGAAGGUGCUCCACAGCGAGAGAAAUCCAGGCUUGCUGCACCUACACACGCUGAGUAGAGGUUUGCGGCGACUGGGAUCUUUUAAAACCAUGCUGGAUUGACUGCAGAGAGGCAACUACAAUCAAUGGCUUGGCUUUGAAAUCGUUGGAAAUUUAUUGGAAAGGAGUGUGAGACAGAGCGACAGUGAGAGAGGGAGAGAAGCGAGGGAGAGAGCGAGAGAGUGGCGAGAGGGGUGGAAAUAAAGAUCCUUUCAACGAUGGAGCUUACAAUGGAAAACAUUGGAAAUCUGCACGGUGUUUCUCACUCCCAUCAAACGAGCGACUUAAUGAACUCCCCGCACGCGCGCCAGUCGUCGGCGUCGCAUCGGAACUUGGUGUCGCACGGGCGCUCAGCCAUGGUGUCCAGCAUGGCCUCGAUACUGGAGGGAGCGGGGGACUACCGUACAGACCACGCACUGUCUGGGCCGCUGCAUCCGGCCAUGACCAUGUCGUGUGACUCCGGGAUGAGCCUAAGCAGCACCUACACCACACUGACGCCUCUGCAGCACCUGCCCCCCAUAUCCACCGUGUCGGAGAAAUUUCACCACCCGCACCCACAUGCUCACCAUCAUCCGGCGCAUCAGCGACUUUCAGCCGGGAACGUUAGCGGCAGUUUCACCCUGAUGAGGGACGACCGCAGCCUCGCCUCCAUGGGUAACCUCUAUGGUCACUAUCCCAAAGACAUGUCCGGCAUGGGGCAGUCUCUGUCCCCCCUCUCCAACGGGCUGGGCUCUUUGCACAGUUCCCAGCAGACUCUCAGUGCCUACGGUCCCGGUGCUCACCUCUCCAAUGACAAGAUGAUCUCCUCGGGGGGCUUCGAGUCCCACGCGGCUAUGCUGUCCCGGGGCGAGGAGCACCUGGCCCGGGGUCUUGGGGGCCACGGGCCCGGACUCAUGACCUCAUUGAAUGGCAUCCACCAUCACAGCCAUCCGCACUCUCAGGCAAACGGGUCAAUGCUUUCUGAGCGGGACAGGCAGACGGUGGUAGGAGGCGGACAGGGCGGUGGGUCGGGGCAGGUGGAGGAGAUAAACACAAAGGAGGUGGCACAGCGAAUAACGGCAGAGCUCAAGCGUUACAGCAUCCCGCAGGCCAUCUUUGCUCAAAGGAUCUUGUGCCGGUCCCAGGGAACUCUGUCCGACCUGCUGCGGAAUCCUAAACCAUGGAGUAAACUCAAGUCAGGCCGGGAGACGUUCAGGAGGAUGUGGAAGUGGCUCCAGGAGCCCGAGUUCCAGCGGAUGUCGGCGCUCAGGCUUGCAGCCUGCAAGCGCAAAGAACAGGAGCAACACAAGGACCGCAACACGGCGCCCAAGAAACAACGCCUGGUCUUCACUGACCUGCAGCGCCGCACACUCAUCGCCAUCUUCAAGGAGAACAAGCGCCCAUCCAAGGAAAUGCAGAUCACCAUCUCCCAGCAGCUCGGUCUGGAGCUCAGCACCGUCAGCAACUUCUUCAUGAACGCACGUCGCCGCUGCGUGGACCGCUGGCAUGACGACCACGGUGCCAGCCCAGGGCAGCCGGGCACAUCCGCCACCACCUUUUCCAAGGCCUGAGAGGAGGAGGGGACGUUCAGAGGGCCAGGGAACCAGGUGGGAACAACAGGCAUCAUGGGAAAUUGGCUGUGAAACCUGCCUAUAACAACCCUACCUGGUUCUGGACCAUCUGAAUGAGUCCUCUGCCUGAAAAAUCCUUUGUGCCAUGCAAUCAUCUUUUUUGUCAGUCAGAAGUUCAAGCGCUCACCUGCAACAAGCAUAAUCUAAAAGGUGAAAUGUGAAGUCAGGUUCACUCUGCAUUACAAAACACAAGGACAAUCAUUGAUUCUGUCUUUUUGUGAAAGAAAAUCAUUUUUAUGGCAUCUGAGAAAGUAAAGAGACACCAAAGAUUUGAUGUUUUUGUUUGACGUUACCAGAUUUUCACCGGCCUCAUGCACCACCUCAGUUUCCACUGAUUCUGUUUCUUCUCCCCACUCACCUCCUUUGUGUCUGCCUCUUUCGUCUCUCUCUCUCUCUCUCUCUCUCUCUCUCAUCCUCCCUCUACACUGGCACACGGAAGCAACAAGGGCGAAAAGAACGGCAAUAAAUCUGACAACAGAACAGCACAUAGCCUUAUUAUCCGAGCUCCGUCCUGCACACACAAGGCCAUCAUAAAGAAAACAAACGCAGCCUGUGAAAAAAUAAACAACAAGGCUUUCUUAUUCUCCGCCUCUACCUCCCCCCUCUCCUGUAGUCUCCUUCAUUCCUCGGCCAAAGGUAUUCCCUGAUGGCCAGCCAUUUCAGAGAGCAGCUCAGCCUGAUCAUACGGCAAACUAAUGAAUUGAAAAAUGAAUCGAUGCAGACAGAGAGAGCGGGGCCUUGACCCCUCCUGAAGGUGAAACUCAAGACGCUCGGCAGUAGAUACUCAGGUCUUCCAGGCCCAGUUCUAUAUUUUUUGCACAGAUGUUGGAGGCCUGUGGGGAGACAUGUCAUUAUUUCUCUUAGCCCGAGCCUAGAGUCUGUGUUUCUCUGACCAACAGGAGAGGCGGGCGAGAUGUCUGGACAUGCUCUUUGUUCUGCAGGGAGCUCUUCCUCUGAUCAAUAACUGAGAACCAAGCGACAACAACACGAUUGGGCAUCGGGCCAACUACAUUACAGCUGCAUAUGAAAAGCAGAAUGAAAGAGGAGCACACAAAACCCACUGGAGAUGGGGACACAAAGGCCUCAUAGCAGCAGCAGCAGCAGCAGCAGCACACCUCUCCCUCCCCGGGCCCUGCCUUUGCUGGCAGAGCAACAGUGCCCCCUGCUGUUGACAACAGAGACCUGAACCCAGUUGAGCAUCACAGGGCUUGGAGAGAAGGAAAGGGAGGGAAGAGCCACUAGAUGCUGAGGAGAAGUCAUGGCACAACACAGUCAGGCCCUCGCAGCUCUUUGAAGGCAGAUCAAUAGCUAACCAUUAUCCUAUUGUUGUUCCUCAUCCAACCAGCACUGGUGAAGCCAGAGGAGGGGGGAUGGUUAAAGUGAACGCUGAAACACGCAGGGAUUUAGCAAAGGCAGGGAUUUAUAAAGCCAAUCCAAAUGUUAAAGAAUCCACAAAAUUCAAGUACAGGAAAUAUACGAGAGGGGAAAGAAAAGUACAACAACCAGUGCUGACAUGGUCACAUUUGAGAUGCAGUGGAGGUUUGAUUUACAUUAUUUUCCGAGGCUUCAUAUUUUGUCUUUUUUUCAUUCUUCCAUCUCAUCUGUUUGAAAAGAAAAAAGGGGUUCUCAACAGAUGUUACUCAAACAAAAUGAUCUGGUUAUUCCCACACAAGGGUUAUCAGUAGCUAUCCCAAAGCUAACCACCACACUCAGCUGUCAAAAUGCUACAAUAAUUAGUGCCAAUGCUUACUGCCUUAAUGCGAAUCAAAGAAUAUGGUACUAGGGUUCACACACAGCUACAGUGUGCCUGGAUGAUGACGGGCAGUGUGUGCCAUAGCAACCAACAAUCAGCUUUUAACUGAAUUAAAAAUAUACUUUUGUAGUAAAAAAAAUGAAAAAAGAAUCAGAUUUUAAGGCAUACAAUAACCAAACCUCAAAUGACAAAGAUACCACACACACACACACAGUAUGUGUCACAAAUACAAAUAGGAAAUGUCUCCAACACAUAAUGGACACAUUUUAAAGCAGAAGAAAAAUCUUUCAUUCUAUCUUUGGUUCUCUACCUCCUCUGUCCUUCCUAACCCCCAUUGCCCCCCCCCCCCUCUUCCUCUCUAUAUUGAUGCGGGUAUUUAAUUAGUACCAUAGACACAAAGUUUCUAUUUCUUGUUACUAUUGUGCUCUGUUGUGCAUAAGUAAGGCACCUUGUUGAUAAAUCGAAAACAAAAAAGGAAGGACUUUUUAAAAGGAAAAAAAAAGAGGGAUGCAAGGACCGAGGCCAAUGAAGGAUGUAUUUUUUCUUUUUUUGCAUUCUAUGUGAAUAAAGACUCGGAUGAGACACUUACCAUGUGAAAGAGAGAAAACGUGAAAAACAGGGAGCUGCUGAAGAGAAGAAUAAAUGAUGGACGCUCUCUCUCUUUUUGGCAUCUCAUGUCAGAACUGUGGUACGCUCACCCCCACCCCCCCCCCCACCCCCCCCCUUUAAACUGAGCCCCAAGAUAUGGGGUAAAACAGAGGGGGACAAAACAUGACCUCCAAAUGUCCUGGCUCAUUCAAUGUGUUCUAUUGGAGAGUGGGUGGGUGGGGGUUAAGCUCUGGACUCACUAGUUUUCUGUAUGGUCUUAAAAAUGCAACUGUAGCAUUUCCAACAAUGUAGUCAGAUUAGCGGUGCAGAUUAGAUAAGUGAUGGUCAUUGUAGAGGAGUCGACUGAGAGGUACUGACUAAGUUCACAUUGCUGUAAGCAGUGAGUUAAUGUCGUCAAAGGAUAAUGAGCUAAACAUGGAUUUGUGGUACACAGUUCAGUGAGCAUAGGUAAAUAGCUAGAUUCAGCUGUUAGGCUGACAAAAUGACAUUUGUUUGUAGUGAGAACCAAUGUGGCUACCUCACUAAGCUGAGUGGUUUGUGAAACCGCCACUAAUACCAAAGAAACUGCAGCCUACCGGUCCCAAACUGCCAAGGGGGAAACACAAACCAAAAAAAUGGAAAAAAAAAUACAAUAAAAAAAAGCUCCCCCUCUUUGACCAAACCCGUUACAUCCACACAGAUCACAUUACAUACACACAUAUACACCAUUGUACUAGCAGCGCAGUCAGACUGCAUUGUGCCACAUAGGAUGAGGUGGCUACCUUGCAGACAGAGUUGAGUGCCUUUUCCCUUCAACCACGGGUGGGACUGCACUGGACACACACACACACACACACACACACACACACACACACACACACACACACACACACACACACACACACACACACACACACACACGGACACACAUAGUAAUGCGGGUGCAUGCAUAUAGUUGCACACCCCUUUACUAACAUGCACUCACAUUCAGACAAUGCACAUAUAAUUGAAUGGACAGAAAGGGGGGCCAAAGAGAGGGACACAGAGUGGGGUGUGUGUCAGCGUUUUCUCCCAUAUUGACUUUCCAUCUUGAUACACUAGAAUACAAGCACUUUAUCAUGUAGAAAGUCUAUAAAACAUUUUCUAUACACUAUUUAUUUGAAACAAAAUUAUAUGUUACUACUUAAUCUGUCAGUCUUUGUUACCGUUCGGUUGAUCUUCUGGUAGCUCACAGCUUUUUGUGCUUUUUACUUCUUUUUUUUCCCCCUCCGCCUUGUGUGCUCAGACUCUCAGCCACUUUCGCUCUCUCUCAUCAGAGAUAUUUUUGUGAAACAGAGAAAGAGGGGGGGGUAAAGGGGCUGAGGCUCUGAGCGCCUAGAGGGCUGUAGAUGUAAAAUUUUAACACUUAUAUCUCUUUCUUGUUUGUUUUUUCAUCUCCACUGCGUGCAAGCACAGAGGCUGCACUGGAAAAAGAGUGGAAGACUUACUGACGGUUUAUAGACACAAUUUCUCUCCUCCCUCCACCUCGUCUGUCCAGUCAACCUCUCCCCCUGGCUAGUACUAAGACUCGGUAGGCGUGUGUUGACAAUUAAUUCUGAAAUACCUCAAAAACCUUUCAUGUAAACUUUAUGUAAUUUAGACUGAAAAUAAUACUGCUAAUGAUAACAAUGAUUAUGAAACUAUGAUACUAUGAUAGUUAGUUUUGGAACUUGUGACUUGAAGCUUUAUACUGUUAAAUUCCUUUUAUUUGUUUGCUCAUUUUUCUUGUAUGUUUUCUUGUUUGUUUUUGCUACGGCAUGUAAUUACUGUUUUCAUAAAGGAAAAGACAUUGUGAAUGUUUCUGUGGAGGGUUACACGAGAAAAGAAGAGACAGAAGAGAAGGCUAAAGUAGAGAGAGAGGAGCAGGAGCUACUCACAUCCGAUGUUUAGUUCAAAGCUCUCCGAGGCGGGUACAUUUAAAUGAAAGAAGAAAAAAAAAAAAACAGACAAAAAAAGAAAUUACAAAAAUGUGAUUGAGGCUGAAUUCUAAACCAAAAUCUGAUGUUAUACCAAAGGAGGAAAAAACCUUUUACUCAUUGUUAGCGUUCUUCUGCCUUUAAGUAGUCUUUUCUCUGAAAAAAAAAACAAUUUCACAGUUACUUUUGAAGGUUCCUGGGUGUGUCCAAGUGCUCCUGAUGUUCUUAGAAUAUUAAAAACCAGCACCUCCUAUUGAAAAGAAGGUGCGCUUUUUUUUUUUUUGUGCAUGGAUAUUGUAUAACUGUAUAGAAACCAACAGGAAUGACCUGUGAUUUUGUGGGGAGAGGAGGAUGGAAAGACUUGGGAGUGGGUGGACAAGGGGUGGGGGAUAUUUUGGUUAUCAAAACAAAAAACAAGGGUGGUAGGAUUUGGGUUUUAGGCGUUGGAGGGGUCCUUGUUUUUAGAAUUUCUGUCACUGUUGGAUUCACUGGUUGUGUGCAUGUGUUGUUGCAACCCGUUCCCUUUCCCCAUGUUUUUUUGAUGUAUAUAAAUCCAGACAGUAGGGGGCAGUGUGUGCUGGGGGAGGUCAAACUCCUCUCCUCCCAAUCAAUAGCAUUCUAUCUUCAUUCCUCAGCUUGCGGUCCUCACUCGGGUCCUGAAAUGUGUGUCUUGCUUUUCCAAAGACGGGCUGUUUACUUGGAGUUAAUCAGAGGGACACACACAGGCGCGAGCGGCCUUGAAUACACCUGUAUGUCUGUCUACAUGCUUUUCUUCAAUCUAUGUAUGUGUGUUCAUUUGUACCUAUGUGGAAGACAAAGUGAUUUUUUAUGUUCCUUUAUUAUGGGUUGCAAUAUUUGUCAUGCAAAACUUUGAAACCAUUUCUUACUGACUGACCGACCAACCAACUGCAGUACCGGUCGGCAACCCAUAAAUCCAACCUGAAAUGUCGUCAGCAUUUACUGUCAAACAGCAUACGUUUGUGACAUUUCAGUGUGGGAUCGAAGGAUGCCGGUGGGACUGAUGUAGACCGCCCCAGUCACACUGUGCUCUCCCUCUUCUGUUACCUGUUAAUCAAUCAGAACCAAGUGUCUUUGUGAUGGUAGAAGACAAUCAGUUUCAAAACAAGAAAAAAGGUAGAGAGAGGGCAGGCCAGUGGGGAGGAGGAAGGGGAGUUCUGGAGGAACAAAAAUCAAGGGAAAAGAGGCUCUCUGAAAAGUGACAAGCUGUAGUGCCCGACCGCCAAACGACUGAAACCUACAUCUUCAUCUUCAGGCAAAUCUUAAAACUAUGUGACUCGGUUACACAAACCUCAUUUGACAUUUCAAAUUCCCUGCCGUCUCAUCCCCCUCUCACUUUUCACCCUCCUGUUCUCCCACCGUCACAAUGAAGUGCACUGCAGGAGAAGGAAAUGCAACCUGUGGUGCAAAGACCAUAAUUUCCAUCGCCCACCACAAUUCCCUGCAAAUCUACUGAUGAUGUAACCAACCGCGAGGAAUAAAAAAUGGCUCCGGUUGGUGGCUUUUGCACAGAGAACUAUGCAAACACCUGACCCCCCAAUCUUAAUCGUUGCUGCUGGGUCAGUGUGUACAACCCUCAACCCCCCUCUCCCCCCCCCUCCUUCCUUCCCUAAACAAUUUGACCUUCAUGACCUACUCCCAUUCCCUGCCAUCCCUCGAGCCCCGAGCAGGCGGAGACACCCCCCCCCCUCACCCCCCCAGCCACCCUGGGUACAGUAGAGAGUGGCUGAGGGACAUUAGAGCACUACAGCACCCCAUGUUUCACCAGACUGAUGUCAUACAGCUUUACACAAAUGCCCCAAACUGCCACUGACAUCAAAAUGGAGUCCAUGUUGAUGUUUGCAAGCCGUUCCUCCCCACUCAUGGCUCCAUUGUUCUACAAUGUUUGAAUGUCUUUGUCCCCUAGCGCCAAGGAAGGGCCACAAUCAAUGCAAAGACACCAACAUUGUACUAACUUAAGUUUACAAAGUCGUCUGGAGAUGGUGGCUUAUAUUGCACUAGGACAGACAGACAGACACAGAAAUAGACACAGGCACACGCUGGAAAGGGUGAGUCUGCCUUUUGAGAGUGUUUGCUGAAACCAAAGAUGAAAUCAGAGGUAUGACAAUCUGGCUACCAAACCUAGAAGACAAUGUUCAGCUCUCUGGGCUGCUCUACGGGUCCUGUGAUUUACCGGCCAUGUGGACAUUCCACCACUUGCACUUAAACACACACAUAUACAUGCACACACCCCUGGUGAAAAACUCCCACACACAAACAUUCACUCAAACAGAAACGAGGAAUUAACCCUAAUCACAAUGUCUGGUCAGAAAGCCUCUUUUCCCUCCUCCCACUGCAGAAGCUGGAGAGCCUGUGGAGGACUUUUAGUUUCACUCUAGUUGAGACUUUUGAGAAGGAAAAAAAUCUGAGUAAUAACUGUUACAGAAAAAAAAACUUAAAAGGAUAAUAUGGGUAAAAUUGCGUGUUUUGAAAUAAAUUAACAAAUAAAACAAUUGUAAAACAAA